ACAUCCUGUGGAUUUUAAAAGGGCAGCGGUGAGCGGGAGGAAGGCGGCUGGCGCCAUCUUUACUGUUUUAAUGAGUACAACAGGGGGAAAUUCGCUGGGAGAAGUAACAUAAUCUGUGGAAUUUCAACAUAAAGCGGUGUGCCGUCGGUGAGCCUACGCCAUUGUGUGUGUGAGGCAGUGGAACCAGGGCAAUGUUCUACGCCCACUUUGUCCUCAGUAAACGUGGGCCGCUGGCCAAGAUUUGGCUGGCGGCUCACUGGGACAAGAAGCUGACCAAGGCUCAUGUGUUCGAAUGCAACUUGGAGAGCAGUGUGGAGAGCAUCAUCUCACCCAAGGUGAAGAUGGCGUUGCGUACAUCAGGUCACCUGCUUCUUGGGGUUGUGAGAAUCUACCACAGGAAGGCCAAAUACCUGCUGGCUGAUUGUAAUGAGGCCUUUAUCAAAAUCAAAAUGGCUUUCAGGCCAGGCGUGGUAGAUUUACCUGAGGAAAACAGAGAGGCGGCAUACAAUGCCAUCACCUUACCUGAAGAGUUUCAUGAUUUUGACCAGCCGCUUCCUGAUUUGGAUGACAUUGACGUGGCCCAGCAGUUCACUCUGAAUCAGAGCAGAGUUGAGGAGAUCACCAUGAGGGAGGAUGUUGGCAAUCUCAGCCUUUUGCAAGACAAUGAUUUUGCUGAUUUUGGCAUGGACGACCGGGAGAUGAUGCGCGACGCCAGCACGUUCGAGGAGGAUAUCAUGCAUGGUGCCACAGCCUCUAACCUUUUGCUCGAGCCUGAGCCUGGUCCAGCUAAUCUUCCCGAUAAAUCCAACCACAUGGAGUAUGAUGACUUUGGUGAUGCCUCCAUGGGCAACAGUGACGGAGGGAUGUUAGUGGAUAAGCUGCUGAGCUCCGAAGAUGGUGGUGGCAUUUUUGAUGACCCUCCAGCCAUCACUGCAAGCGUCAUGAUGCCUCCAGAUCAUGGUGAUGACGAGGAUGAUUUUGACAACCUUCAAUCACCGGGUCCAGACAGCCCAGACUCCGGGCCGGCAGAGCCACUGCCAGCUAUGGUUGACCAGACUGAACAGACUACUCUUGUUCAUAAUGAGGAGGAAGCAUUUGCACUGGAGCCCAUUGACAUCACUGUGAAAGAGACCAAGGCCAAACGCAAGAGGAAGCUGAUUGUGGACAGUGUGAAGGAGUUGGACAGUAAAACCAUCAGAGCCCAACUCUCCGACUACUCUGAUAUUGUGACCACCCUGGACCUUGCCCCUCCUACUAAAAAGCUGAUGAUGUGGAAAGAGACCGGAGGAGUGGAGAAGCUCUUCUCUCUUCCAGCUCAGCCUCUCUGGAAUGCCAGGCUGCUCAAGAUGUUCACACGGUGCCUGACACCUCUGGUGCCAGAUGAGCUCAGGAAGAGGCGAAAGGGUGGUGAAGCAGACAGUUUAGAUGAAUUCCUCAAAGAGUUGGAGAACCCGGAGGUGCCCAGAGAAGAGAUUAUGGGUCAGCACCGAGAUGUCAUUGAUCAGACUAUCAUGGAAGAACCCAGUAUGCUGGCUGCCUCUGCAAUGGAAGGCAGCAGGACAACACUGGAUGAGACGGUCAUGCCUCCUCCAUCCACCCCUCGUGGUGUGAAACGCAAGACCCUCGAAAAGGAGAGUGCCGUGCCUGUGGCUCCCUUAGAACAGCAGCAGCCACAACAGCUGCCGGACCGCUCGCUCUUGUCUCAGAGGCUAGACAUGUCGCAGGUCGAACUCCCCCCAGAGGAGACCACCGUCAACCUCACGCAGCUCGUUCCCGAACUGGACCUUCUUGGAGAGAAGAACAAAGACAAGAAGGACGAGAGCGAUGAAGAAGAGGACGAAGAAGGUCAGGCUGGAGACCAGGACCAGGAAGAGAAGCGAUGGAACAAGAGAACUCAACAGAUGCUGCAUGGCCUUCAGCGCGUCAUGGCAAAGACCGGAGCAGAGUCUGUCAGCCUGCUUGAUUUAUGCCGGAACAACAACAAGAAGCAGGCGGCCGCUAAGUUCUACAGUUUCCUGGUCCUCAAGAAGCAGCAAGCUAUCGAAGUCACCCAGAAAGAGCCUUACAGCGACAUCAUCGCCACUGCUGGACCACGAUUCCACCUUAUUUAGACAUUUGGUGGGUGAGAGGGGUUUAAAACAGGAAACACUGCUUGCCAAGGCUUUUUUUUUUUAAAACCCCAAGAGGAAGGUUGGGGCUGAUGGGGAAGGUUUUUGGAUGUUUGCAAAUGAUUUUACUCUAUUUUUGGUGGAAUCAUGCAGUAUUCUCUUAGUUCAAACAAAGGAAUGUUCACAUUUACAUGUAUAAAGAAACAUCACCAAUUUGUAUGCUUUGAUUCAGUUCCUUUUAACGUUAAAUUGCUUCUCCAUGAAUCUUCAUACAGUCCACCUUUAGCCCUGGAAAUAUUACAACUUUUUUAGAUAACCCAUUGUUUCCGUGUGAAAUAUUGCAAUGGCUCUGUACAUAUGGAACGGUACUGUUUUAUUCCUCAAAAGUGUAACCUCUCCACCUCCUUGU